CAUCGAAGAGAGGGAUCGUUCAAGAUGGCGGGCCGGGACCUCAACUCCGCGGCCGACAACGCCGACGACAAUCCGUCGGCGACCGAAAACGCCAAGUCCAGCGCGACGUCCAAGCAGGCCAAGAACACCCAGUGGGUCAAGCUGAACGUCGGCGGCACCUGCUUCCUCACGACACGUACCACCCUGUGUCGCGAUCCCAAGUCGUUCCUCUACCGACUAUGCCAAGAGGACCCCGAACUUGAUUCUGACAAGGACGAGACGGGAGCCUACUUAAUAGACCGCGACCCGACCUACUUCGGCCCUAUUCUUAACUACCUGCGGCAUGGCAAGUUGGUCAUUAACAAGGACCUUGCAGAAGAAGGGGUGCUGGAAGAGGCCGAGUUCUACAACAUAGCCGAGCUGGUCAAGAUGGUCAAACGACUGAUCCAGGAGCGCCAGCAGCACCACAAGUCACGCGACGCGCGCAAGCACGUCUACCGCGUCCUCCAGUGCCACGAGGACGAACUCACGCAGAUGGUGUCCACCAUGUCCGACGGCUGGCGCUUCGAGCAGUUGAUCAACAUCGGUUCGUCCUACAACUACGGCAACGACGACCAUGCCGAAUUCCUCUGCGUCGUGUCGAGGGAGUACCCCAGCUCCUCGUCGCACACGACGGACCGCGAAUUUGAGCCGACUGACCGGGCGCAGCUCAUUCAGCAGAAGGCCGCCCGCAUGUGAAGAUUCCGGCAAGGAAAAGAGCGACGACCGCUUCGGCCUUUUUUCCCCGUCGUCCUCCCUCACUUCCCCACCUACCGUCGAGGUCGUGAUUAUCGCCGGCACCGUUUGGCAACAGGUUUUUUUCACUUCGGCUCCUUCACGCCACGAGAGGGGCUGUGUCGCGUUCGCUGCGGCAACGAGGAAUGCGCCAGACGGUGUCGAGACGCCAACAUGUGUUGCGCCACAUUUGUGCCGCCGAACGACGAGAAGGUACGAAAAUGCCUUGUCGUUUGUGACACUCGUUUUUUGUACAGACACGCUUCCCGAACCCUCUUUGUGCACUCGUAUUCUCACUUGUCGGCCUGGUGGUGUUGAGUCCCCCUGCAGACUUAAACAAAGUGUGCUGCGGCUCACGUGCUCGUUAGUGUCUCGCUGCCAGCCCAACGUACUUAAGAAAAAUGAAGUUUGCCGGCUAUGGCACCGUCUGAUGUGGCCGACGAACAACUUGUGGUGACUGGAGUGCUUUGAUUUAGGGGAGAGGGUGUUGAGUCGCCGCGAGAAGCUUAUUGGUUGGUUGUUGGGAGGGUCGUGAUUAAUCGAGUGGCUGCGAGCCCGAAUGUUUGUGGGUCUCUCUUGUUGUAGAAGUGUGUCGUUUCAUUGGCAGAGGGGGAUGCGAAUCCCUCGUGGAGUGUGGUGUUGCGCCAGUUUUCCAGAGUGUUCUGUUUCGCUUUACCGUUUUUCUUUUCGUAAGACUACACUUCGUUUAAUUCGAGGGUGCGAUGAACUCUUGUGAGGUCUGAGGCAGACAUUGGUUUGGUGAAAAAGAAUUAAAAAACGCCGUGCAAGGCGAAAAAUAUUUACUGAUGUUUUGACAGUGAGGUUCCUGUGCGGGAGCUGUAGUGUCGGUAAAUGUUUUUUCACUUUAGUCAGCACCCUUCCAUUCUGUUUGUGAAGCAAAUGUCUUGAUUCGAUGAGGUGAGCUUGAGGCAGUGUUUGUUUCGAAGUGUAUUGCUUACAAUAUUCCUUCCCCCUUAAAGUUCAAAGGAUGGCUGGGUAAACGGUGUUGUAAUAUUUAGUGUGUUUACUUCUCUGCUCACUGCAGUAUACAUUAGAAAAGGUUCUGUUCCCUUUUGGCACCUGCGGCCUUUCGACCCACAUGUAUUGCACUUAACACCUUUUCCUGUGUUUUGGGGGGGGGGGGGAAGGAAAAACACGCUGAUUUCCACGCAAAAGCGAAUUGCCGCGUUUCCACUGUUCUCAAGCGGCCAUUCGCUUUCGGUAAUGAGUGGAAUGUGAUUUGAGAGAUUCCUUACGAAUGCUGCCAUAUUGUUUUGACUUGUAAUGAGAUUUCUGUAAAACGUGCGGCGUUCCUCAGUGACUAUGUUAGCCUUUGUCGUAGUGUUCGCAGGUAGGGUGAUUCAAGAGACAUGUCUUAUCUGUCAUUGUAACCAGUGCCCAAGGCCCACGAGAGACAGCUCUCUGGGACCUUGACCUGCAUGCUCGUUUUUUUAGGAGAACGUUACGAACAGCCGGAUAUUCCAUAGGACAGAGUUUCGUAGGCCAAUAUUGUGCCACGGAAUACUGAAUACCAUCAUGCUUUGUGUUGCACUUGUGUAGGCCCCAACACCUUUCAAAAUGGCCAAUGAAAAGUGCUCUACAAUUUAAAACUGCUAUACGGCUUUCAUUAGCCAUUCGGAAAUGCCACAGGCCCCCAUAUGUGCGACACAAAGCAUGGCAGUAUGGAGCAAAUGAAUGGCAUUCCGUUUUACGGUACCGGCCCCCUAGUGUACAGCUCUUGCGCGGCACCAGACGUUGACAUUUGCAGUUGAGGCGCUGGUUAGGGGCAAACGCUCCCAUUACUGUAGCUUUCAACACAGAGGCAGGCGUAGGUAGCAGUGUAGAAUGUUGUAUAGCCUGCGCUCUCCACAAUUCCCGAUUCCCUUACGUUCCUGCAUCUCGCACGUUAGCCACGAAGGUUGUUACGCUGAAUAAGUUGUUUCGACGAUCACCGACUGUCUUGCCUGCGCACGUGGCCCACAGUUUGUAAUGCUUGCAUUAUCCGUUUUUUUUUUUUUUUCUACGUGAUGUCUCUGCACGCGGCAUCUGAGGUGGAAUGUGUGCGUGCACUGCAACCGUCUUUUCACACUGAGAAUGUUUCUAGUGAGUGCGUUUACUACAUUGUGUGCGUGUGUUUGUGGUGUGUGGUCGUAGCAGUUACGUAGCAUUGUGUGUAUUUUUUUCACUUGCUGGUGUUUGGCUGCCUUCGUGCGAAGAACCAGUGCUGUCGCUGUGUGGUUAUGUGCUCUGUCGCUGUGUGCAACGAUCGUGGAGCUGGGUAAGCUAAGUAGGCCUGUCUGUCAUAGGUACGAACCAGCUGCAUUUUUCUUAAUGCCUGGAAGAACUGGCUGUAUCUCUUUGACGUGUCUCUUUUUUUUUUUUUUUUGAUGCCAUCGUUGACUAAGCAUUUUCUUGGCAUUCUGAGGGCUGAUGUAGGAACCAACGAUGAGCUCACUUUGAUUCUCCUUCAAGUAAUAGGUUGUUUUAGCAGGGCCUGGUUCUUUGUGCUUUUCGUACAUAACAUCCAGUACCUGCUGAAGAGCGUGCGUGCCCAACCUUUACCAUAUGCACACUCAUCCAUAAUGUAUACUGGCUCUAUCGGUAUACAGUAAGCUGCGCAUAAUUGAAAAGGUGGCUCAUACUUCACUUAUAAUACCAAACUUCAUUGAUCCUGUGGUUGUGACCUUAUACACCCAUACCCAUUAAUCUAUUAACUCUUUCUUUAACAAUGUCAGACAGAUUGUUUUGCCUGCACACUUCGUAGUGGUGGCAUUACACAUUAUUAUUGUGGUCACAAACUUAAGUGGCGUAGACGGGUUUGCCAUCUGGCGGCAAAUAGCGGGGCAAGCACAUAACGUAAACAGAUCUAUUUUGUUUUGUUGUUAGUGCAAAUUUUCGACGGUCGCGUAAUUCUGAAUGUAUUGCAUUUCAAACUUCCUAGCUGGGACGCUUGGCAAAGAAGUAAUUUCUUCAUUUGCACCUAUCAGUCCGCAAGUGCCUGUACCAGCUACUAUUGUCAACAUCAUCAACCGUACUCACUGAGCAAGUCUCGGUGCUAAAACGUUUUCGGGACUGGGGAACAGUGAUAUGGUAAUGUAUGCAAUACAGUGUUACCGUCACUGCUAAAACAUCUUAUUACCUGUUCAUGUGGUUUUGUGAACACUCGUCUGGAUACACAGUUAUGGCGACGAUCAACUUGUAAGGAGUGGCAUGAUAUAAAGCUUGGCGGAGCGAUUCUGCGGCACAGAACUACAGGUGUCCUGUGUGGUCCCCGUGGCAGUGGCAUGCCUCUGCACUGACCGAGCUGCUGCCAGCUCUCCCAUCUGCGUGCUUGUUUGUCGGACCUUUUAAUAGUGACCAAGAUUCUUUUUUUUUUGUAUCGCUGGUUCUUCGCGGCACUGAACUGGCCAAUACUGCUACAGUGCUGCUGACGCGCUUUCUUACGUUUUCGUUUCCGGUAGUAAACGAAGGUCCGUGGCUUGAAAACCGCAAAAAAUGUACUGCCAUGCCCCAGAGCAUCAAUUAUAUGACCGCUUUUCUACAGCCGUUAAAACCAUUAUGUGAAAUCAUUUAAAUGAUAUAUAACGGUGUUACUAAAUCAUUUAAAUUAUAUCACAGCUUUUUUACAGCCACAGGAACCAUUGUGCUUAACCACUUAUGGUCUUGUGAAGAUUGGCACUAUAUCUUUUCCUGUGGGUUCAAAGUCGCACACCUUUGCUUGAUGAAAAUAAGCAGCAAAAUGAAAAAAAAAAAAAGUUUUGUGCCGGCACUUUUUCUUAAGAAGACUUUUAUGUGACCAAUGCAUUGAUGUCGCGUAACCAGCAACACGACGAACGACAUGUGCAUUUGCUUAACCUACGAGCACGGAUGCUGGCGAAGUUUUCCAAGAAUUUGCAGCCUUCGCUCGUUACUGUCGUGUUGAACCUUUGUUAAGCGUCUUGCAGGCUUUGCUUGUUGCAGUGCUAGUAAAAGCAUUCUUGGUCUCGUUUGGUUUGUGCAAUUACCUACGUACAAAUUGUGCUGUUCCAAAGCCUUCCUUCGUUUGUGAAGUGAACUAGUUUGUUUUGUCAAGAUUGCUUUGCAGAGUGAAUACAAGUUUUUUUCCUUCUGCAGUUGUCAUAUGUGUUCUUUAUUUUUUGUGUGCUCUAAUUGCUGGUCUCACUGUGUUUUCUUAGAUGUAACCUGUUGCGAUACUGCAGCAAACAAGCUCUUAUCUCUGAAGUUGUAGACAUUGCAAAGGUUGCGAGGGUAUUCGAUGCUUAAUAUAAUACAAAAGAGCACAUAAAGGGUUAUAUAAAAGUGGCACCAACUUUUUUUUUUGCAAUAUGUUGCUGAAGGCCUAUUAGCCACGACACGGUACACUGCUUGCUGCAGAGUGCGACAGAUGAUUACAGACUGUUUGUUACUGAUCAGUUUUUGUUUGGGAGAGAUCCGACAAUGGUAAGUUGCCACCGUGUUCAACUAACGCGAUGUUGCGUGCGGAACAACACACAGAACUGGGGCACAUUUCUGUGGUGCCUGCAUCGCCUACUCAUGUUCUUUUGUGUUCGGCACGUCCUGCACAAUGUUCUCGCUGUCGUCAUCAUUGUUGUCACCUGGUGGCAACGAUGUUCUUGAGGCUUCCGCACGCUCGCCACAGACAUGGUCUCGUGAACAGCCACCAAAUAGUAGCCUGCUGGCACAGGCACGGCAAAAGGGCGAUGGCAACUGCGACGUGGUGAUUUAGCUGGGCAUUUUCGAGUUCACCCGCGGUGUUGUUGUGGAAGUUUGAGGUCCCCUUCAGGUCCCUUUUUUAUGUUGUCAAAGUUGCGAGGUGUGGGGUUUAGCACUGGAUCGGGCAGCACACGAGCUUCACAUUUCGUACAAAUUACCUUCCGAGCUGUAUUCUCUGUUCAGAUUUGGUCGACGACAUAUGCAAGUUCACAAGAUCCUGCCGGCUAUCUCUGCCAUGAGAUUUUUUACAGCAAAAGAUCGUAUGAGAUCGCAUCUCGGGUCACGCACAGUUGUUCGCCACCGGUGUCCAUAACCACCUCGUGCGAAAUUAGAAAAAAAAAAUACUAGCAUCAAUGACACAGUGGGACUCGAAUCCGGGUUUUCUGGGUCCCAGCCCAGUAUUCUACCACUGAGUGACGCCGGUGCUUGUAACUUGUUGUCAAACUUGCCUUAGGCAGGCUUGAUGUCAAGAAAGCAGUCACGUUAAUACGACUUAUAAAAGCGUUUUAAAUCAGCGAAAUAACAACCAGUCGUCGCACAAUGCGAAUAGCGUAACGAGUGGGCCGGCCGAUGCUCCAACCUAUUGCAAAAGCUUGUUCUUGUUCCCCUACUAACUGCGGCGCAUACCCACUUUAGCCAUAAUUCGUCAUCGUCGUCAGCCACUGCACGAGCCAUUGGCACAAAAUCUCUUGCAAGUGUCUAGCGGAUACCACACUUCUCAGAAGAAUGACGAGAAAUAGCAUAUAAAAUGCCUGCUUACUACCCAAAUCAAUUUAUUAAUAAUGACCUAGUGGGUAUCAAGCAAGUGUGCUUGCAAUAGUUGCCCAAUGAGUGUUUAGAAAAGGCUAUGAAAGGCCGUUCUUCUAGCUUUCGCUGUGAUUGUGCUGCGCCUUCCGCGCAGGCCUGGCAUUUUUUGUCAGUACCCCUUUAAGGUUCUUACAUAUGCUUCAAGGUAAUUUAUGUGAAAACUGUGCAAGGAAACAGGGUUUAAGAAACCAGUCUUUCACUGAGUCACUAUUUUUUGUGCUGUUUUCACAUAAAUUGUGUAUUAACUAGCUUAAGCUUCUACUUUAAAGUUGAUAAUUCCGAUGCUGCGCGGCAUGCUUAAGUAAGCACAUUAGCUUAAACGUGUGAUCGCUUGCUUUUCGUAAUGACUGAGCAAAUGUUCCACUUGCUGCAUGUGAUUAGAUUCUGAAAAAGUGAAAGUGCUUGCUGGCAAGAAUGAGAGCUCUGCAGUUUCAAAGUGUUUAAAUAAAACUAAAUUCCUUCAAACAUGGUUGAGGUACGAAGUGACGGCAAGUCAGUGAGCUGUCUUCGCAUUUUUUAAAGAAAGGCUAAUAUUGCAAAUGUAGCUGUAAAUGUUCCGGAAUUGGCUAAUCUUUUUGCUUCAUUGAUAUUUUCGGACUGCUGCAUGAUCCGAGAGAAAAGUUUGUGUCUUACUGAAAAACAACCCGCCUAUGCUCUUUUGUUGCUGUAGGUAACGAAAUACAUUUUACAACGGCAUGGAAGCGUCUGACGUUUCAGGUUCGCAAUUGUCCACAAUAUCGACCCACUUGGGCCAACAUGCUCACUACUGGCAUGUUCACAUAAUCCAUUACAAAGGCUUACUCGGCCCAGAAAAACCCCGGAAACUUUUUUAGCACCAUUCAUAAUGUGGACUUGCAUAAUGUUAUUGUUACUGCCCACGCGUACGAAUUUGCCUGUCACGAUUUGUAAAUUAACGCUCGACACUUUCUGCGUUCGCUGCCUUUGGCAUUAUUGACCAGCAUGUGUUGAAUUUACACUCGCCGUCAGUUCACAAGAAAUGUAGCUGAGUAAUGUGCAAGAGGAGCUGCACUCGGUCCGCGUAGGUUCCUACAAGAGAACAUGGCAUUCUUUGAAGGUAUAGUUUGUUGCCGUGAAACUGUACCGUGUACUCUACAGUUAAACGGAACCCGCUAAAUGUGUGGCAGUGGCAUUGCUGGUGCGCGAGCUGCAGGUGUCGACCGAAAGUUUCCAGGCGUUGUGCGUGUGUGUACAGGUGCCUGCACUAUCAUUCGCGAGUUGUAUAUGUCCAAACCUUGCAGUUGUAAACUUGGAAUGGUAAUUAAAAUUCGCAAUGGUUUUGCACCCAGGCGUUCUCUUUAACUGUGUCUUGUACUGUACUUCCCAAAAUCACCCAAAUGCGGUUGUGUUAGAGCACUUUAGGGCAUGCCAUUUGUUGCAAAAAAAGACCUUGAACUUUCUUGUUCGUUUUUUUUUUUUGCCAUACUAACAGUGCUAAAAUGGAAAUGCAGUGGUACAUGUGCGGUAUGCGAUGCUUAUAGUUACUGCUUACUUUGGAACGAUGAGGUGAAUUCUUUCAGUGAUUCUUUUUUUUGUUGUCAUUGUAGUGGCGUGUGUUUUGUGUUCUUUGUGCUACACCAUCAGUUCACUGCUUUUGUAACGGGACUCGAGUACCGCAGAAGCCUUUCAUUUUCAACGCUGUUUUGUUGUUCUCGUUCAUGGUUAAUAUUGUUGGUGACCAUUACUAAAGGUACACUUGCAUGCUUUGCUGUUGAGCUCAACAAAAGCAUUGUCCUUUUUUGGAAACGUAAAGUUUUGUGCAUUGUUCUUCGAGAAGGUUGCAAGCCACCUGUGUGAAACAGGUUCAGUUUAGCCGCACCAGUGACUUGCAGGCUGUGCUGGACCACAUGUUUGUAUUGAAAGCUGAGGAGCUAAACGUAUUUUCGUUUAAGCAUUGAAAUUUUGUGUUCAUUGUAUAACAUGUGUUAACCUUUCAGUGAGUUAUGCGUUUAUUCAUUGUCAUCUUAAAAAAAAAAAACACGACCUCUUACGCCCUACAUCCAGUGUAAAAACCCGUGUGCUGCCAUGUGCUGCCUACGGCAUGUCCUUCAUAGUUCUCUUUCCGACCCGAAUUUUUUCCAGGGCGGAACAAAGUUCUUUAAUGUUCUUUUUUAGCCAAUAGGCCAUUGAAAAGCAUGCAGAACAAUUAAGACUGGAAGUACAACGGCUUUCACAGGAGAACCAUGUGCAGUAUACUGGACAUGGAAUAUCAUUUGUUGCGCGUGUGGGUACACGCACACUAUUUUCAUUGAAAGAGAGGUGCUUUCGGUCCUGACAUGAGGUUCAUGGUCUUUAAAACACAACCACAGUUAAUUUUGACCCAAGAACAACUUUUGUCAUGAUUAGCCAUUGCACAUGGCGUUCAGCACAACGAAGGAAAAGAUUACGUAGAAGGGAGAAGGCUCCUGGCAUGCACAAGUCAACUUCCAUCAGACGCCUCUCCCUCCUCGUCCUUCGUGCUUUUGACAAGUUCCCAGCAUGUCCCUGUUUGGUUUUUCGUGGCUGGGCUUCAAGACUUUCGUGUGACGCUGCCUCUUGUUUUAUUUUUCCCUCUCCAUGUUUAGCACGAUGUGUGCCAAUCCCAUCCGGGUGUCAAGUGUACCGGACAUAAAUACAUUCUUGCAUUGCCAGAACACUUCCGAUUACGGAAGCUUCCUUUUUGCAACGAUGUUUAAAGAAGACGCAAGACAGCUCGCGUGAUUUAAACCAUUCGAAUUGUGCAAAGAUAGCUCCUAAAAUAAUUUUAGAUACUUGACCAGAUUGUGCGCGCACAUUUCUGUGCAGAUGACGCUGUUACUGUGAGUCACGCCCAUAAUAAAAUGGGGCUUCAGGAGAAACUACAUUUAAAAACAUAUUGCUCGACUCGUACAGAAGCUGGCAAAGUGGUUUCGGUUGUUCUCCUUGCUUUUCUGCAUCCUUUUUUUUUGUCAUGUCCAGCAACCUGGUCGUGGUGUCGGAAAGGGAUAUAUGGGUUGUUAAGAACGCUCCCUAACUUGUUGAUUCCUUGUUAAUAGCUUCCACUUCUCUCACUGAAGGGUGCAAUAAGUGAGGUGGCUGUACAAACUUCUAACACCAUUGCAACUCUCAACCCUUUGGCAUAAUUUUUGUGAGCACAGGAAAAAAAAAAUAAGGAAAAGGUAACAGAAAAAAAAUUUAUGGGUAUUGCGUUCCAGCUAGUCGAAAUAGAAGGGCUCUUUGUCCGAAUGUGAUAAUUUUCUCCAUUUGCGUGAUUUUGGUGGAAUGACAAAUCGCAUUUGGUAGAUUGAGGCACCGUUUCACAGCUUUGGGACAGGCCAUUACGAUCCCAAGUAAGAUUAUGUGAGAAAAAUAAAACAAUUACCUGAGCGAUUCGUGCUACUGUUGGCAUAUUGCUUAUCAGUCUGUUUCUCUGUUUAUUUCUAAGUUAGUGCACUAAUGGCACAAACUAAUGCAGUCUCUGAGUAAAUUUGUUCGUUGUAAAAGCGUUUUCCAUAAAGUAUUAACUGAAGUGUGUCGCUCAUUCUAUUAGGCUAAAGGAAAUGGUAAUCCGCAGCAUUGUAACAUCCCUGGUGGUACAGCGAAGAAGCAUGCUCAGCCCUUCCUGUAAAACAAUAUGGUGUUGGUGGGAUCAAGUCCAGAAUUGGCAACUACUGAUUUAUAAUCGUUCAGGCCUUGUGAAAUCGUGGCUAGCUUUCAUGCCACCGUGAAACUUGUUACUCAAGGAUAAUUUAAGGUGCAAGAUGCAAGUUUGCAUGUGGGCCACUCAUGUUCUUGUAUCGUGGUUUGCACAACCUCGUCAUGUGCCGAAUCUGUACUUUGUUCAUUUCUAACUGAAACUCUGAUCUACUUUUGUACCUUGUCUUAUUGUCCACCAUUCCACUUGGAUACAUAAUGUGUAAAAAGAAAAGUGCAGUAUGACAAUGUCUCGAAUUGCUAGCUCAUAGAAAAUGCUGUAAUUUUCAGGAGUCACAGACAUGCCUUGUAAUUAUGUGAGAUUGGUGUUCACUUACCGCAUAUUCCUUUGCAAAAUGAAAUCAAGUAUGUGAAAUAUGGACUUUGCACAUAACUAGGCGAAGCUGACAUGCACCAGCUGUGCUGUUGGAAUACAACGGAAGCACGUUUGCUGGAGCAACCGCACUAAUUACUCGUGGCAUACCACAGUGUUGUCUUGUCGUAGUUGGUGCGUGAAUCUCUCUACUUGCAAUUUCUGACCACCAGAGGCUAUCACUGAAAAGCGAGAAUCCGGACACAAAGCACCACAUGGAAUCAAUCAGCCAGCUUCAGUUGCAAACUGUUGUAUUCAACUAGCUCUGGUGUCACUGAUCUACUCGUCUGGCAUUCCUGGAUGUAUAAUUAAGAAACCGGUUAACGUGUUGCCUCUCACGGCCUCAAGAAGAGCUCUGGCCAAUCUUUCUGGCAAAUCUUCAUGAUCAUUGCGUGCAGACUUUAGUGUGUUGAGACAGAAAAUAGCAUCGUGAUGUGUUGGUACUGAAUGUCUUUCUUGCCCCCAUGGUCUUCUGAGGCUACAGUGAAACAAAGCUGUGACAGUGUUGCGUACAGCAUGAAACACAUUCACGAUAUUCACCAGUUCUUGUGUAACCACGAAUUCAUAACGUGCUGAUGCCAUCAAAAAUUUGGUUUACUACGUUAUACCCGUUGAUUUGUUGUAUCUCGUCUCUGUUACACAUUCGCAAUGUGAUAUAUCACAUCUUAAGUGGAUAACCAGAAACUUCUGUAUAUAGGUACUUUGAUGGAUCAAAUACCUUAGAUACCGCAUAUUUCUAGGGUUCUGCAAGUGCUCGAUAUACACAAUUAUUCAUGUGUGAGUUCGACUGUAUCAAGAUUUAAACUGUACGUCUGCAAAGGUGUGUCUCUGCUGGGCUUGGAGUUCUGUAGUGAGCACUGUUGCGUUGUUCUCAUUGGUGGGUGCAAAAUUUGUCAAUGCAGUUGGUGAAACUUGUGUAUCAUGAACAGAGCUGGUGAAAGCAGUGGCUCUUCAGUAAGCGUUCAGUAUGGAUAUUGAAAUGUUUCCAACAGGAAUCCAAGUUGCCACCCAUUCCGUGCAGUGCCCCGUUCAGUAUGUAGCCGGAGUUUGAAGAGGAGGUGGUGGAAACCCUAUGCAGUGUUGAAUGAUGUCGCCGUGAUGAUGCUGUGCCCUCUUUCGACGUGGUCACCUAGGAUAAGUGCAAGGACAGUUUUGCCACGAACUUCGUUUUUUGUUGGGCACUUUGAGCCCUGACCGGGACUGUGUAUUAAAAAAAAGAUUUGCCACGAA